AUGGGCGAUUAUCAGGUGACAAAUGUGCAACAGGACGCACUCGGUGCUGUACAAUUGGAGCUGGGGAAUCCCAACGCGUUGGCCCUCCGUAGACCUUUCGAUCCGCUUGCCCACGAUUUGGAGCCAAGUUUUCGCUUGACGCGAUUCGCUGAUUUGAAAGGACGCGGUUGCAAAGUCCCCCAAGAAGUCCUCAACAAGCUUGUCGAGGGUCUCCAGCAAGACUACAACAAUGCAGCAGAACACGAACAUGCUCACUUCAUGCAUAUGGCUAUACCCAGGAUCGGCAUUGGAUUGGAUUGCUCGGUGACACCUCUACGUCAUGGGGGUUUGUGUCUUGUACAAACUACAGACUUCUUCUAUCCACUUGUUGAUGAUCCCUACAUGAUGGGCAAAAUUGCCUGUGCCAAUGUUCUCAGUGACUUGUAUGCAAUGGGAGUUACAGAAUGUGAUAAUAUGCUCAUGUUACUGGGAGUUAGCACCAAAAUGACGGAGAAGGAAAGAGAUGUUGUUAUUCCAUUAAUAAUGAGGGGAUUUAAAGAUUCAGCACUAGAAGCAGGAACUACAGUAACUGGUGGACAAACUGUAGUCAAUCCUUGGUGCACUAUUGGCGGAGUUGCUUCAACUGUAUGCCAACCAAAUGAGUAUAUUGUACCAGAUAACGCCGUUGUUGGCGAUGUUUUGGUCCUGACGAAACCUUUAGGAACACAGGUUGCUGUUAACGCGCACCAAUGGUUGGACCAGCCGGAAAGAUGGAAUCGUAUCAAGUUGGUGGUAAGCGAAGAGGAUGUCAGGAAAGCUUAUCACAGAGCCAUGGAUUCGAUGGCUCGCUUAAAUCGCAUUGCAUCCCGCUUAAUGCACAAAUAUAAUGCUCAUGGUGCAACAGAUGUUACUGGCUUCGGUCUUUUAGGACACGCGCAAACUCUGGCGUCGCAUCAGAAGAACGAAGUAUCGUUUGUUAUUCACAAUCUCCCAGUAAUUGCGAAAAUGGCAGCCGUUGCCAAAGCCUGCGGAAACAUGUUCCAACUGCUCCAAGGACAUUCCGCCGAGACCUCAGGAGGACUCUUAAUCUGCUUACCAAGGGAGCAAGCGGCUGCCUACUGCAAGGAUAUCGAGAAGCAAGAAGGAUACCAAGCCUGGAUUAUUGGAAUCGUGGAGAAAGGCAAUCGCACUGCUCGCAUCAUCGACAAACCAAGAGUUAUUGAGGUCCCAGCUAAAGAAUAAAUCUAUAUGCCCAUUCAUAUUCCGCUUAAAUAUAUUUUUUAAAAACUAUAUAUAGGUAUGCAGAUAAUAUUUUUAACUGCCUGUGCUUAUAGUUUAGCGUGGAUCGUAAUGAGAAUUUGAAUUGAAAAUCAAAAUUCUUACUAAAUUUUCAUACUAGAGAACAUAUAAUGAAGAUGGUUUUUUUUUUAUAUUAUUAACUAUAUAUUUUAGUUUGAUAUUUCACAGGCUGAGUUUUUUUCUGUACAUUAUUCUCUUUAAUUUUGUUUUUGUCUUCUUAGGGUUAAAAAUAAGUAAUGUAGUAUUUGUAAACAUGCAUACAGACACUAUUUUGUAAGAUACGAUGAUAAAAGAGAAAUAAAAUAUACAAUAUGUUUCGACAACUUCCAAAACUCGGAAUUGGUGUAAUAUUAGAUUUUCUUAAUGAAAUAAACCUUAAAUAAUAA